AUGAAACUGAAGAAGAUCAGCGUUUAUCAGACACAUGUGGCAGACCUUAGCAUUGUUCAGACCGCGUGGGGUGACAGCGGCGUGUACGUCUGUAAUGUUGCCUCUGCCCAGGACCUUUCAGGGAAUGGCGAGUGUUAUACAGAGCUCAUUGUGCUUGAGAGAAAGUCUAAUACUACAGACCUGCUGCCUGGCAUUGAUUUACUGAUCAUGGAAGACUGGUUGUUAGUGGUGUUGGUGGUCCUGGGCUUCCUGCUGCUGUUGCUCCUGAUUGGUAUCUGCUGGUGUCAGUGUUGCCCUCAUACCUGCUGCUGUUACGUCAGCUGCCCCUGCUGCCCGGAGCGCUGCUGCUGUCCCCGCGCACUGUAUGAGGCUGGAAAAAUGGUAAAGUCUGGCGUCCCCAGUCAGUACGCAGCCACUCUCUAUGCCCCAAGCAUGUAUGGCCAGCCAGCUUAUGGAGUUGGCGGAGCUACGCCAGGCAUACCCAUGCUCCCUAUGCCGGUGGGUGCUGCUGGUCCUCUGUCCAAUGGAUACGGCAGAGACUUUGACGGAGCCAGCUCAGUUGGUCAAGGAUCUCAAGUGCCGCUCCUGCAAGACCACGAUGGUGGAGGACCUCGUAGUGGAUACCGUGUUCAGGCCGACCAAGAUGGAAACCCAACUCGGGUGCUUUACUACAUGGAGCGAGAACUGGCCAACCUCGACCCCAGUCGCCCAAUGAACGCUCCAGGCAAAUACAGUCGUCUGGAUGGUAUGAGUGAGGUGAGCUCACUUCAUGAUGGUCCAGAUGCUCGAAAUCGCGGUCGGGCCAGACCACCUCAGCUUACCACAGUGUAUGAUGAUGUGGAUGAAAACAUGAGCACCAUCAGCAGCGUCUCUCAGCACGUCCGACGGGAUGAGCCCAGGCGGGGAGCUGACUCGAGAGGACGUGCACACUCUAUGGAAAACUUGGACGAUAUCGGCCGCAAUUACAGAGACAGGGAUGACUAUCCGCCUGCACGCCGAGAUGGUGGGGCUAGAGGCGGCAGAAGAGAUUCGGAUGACGAAUGGAGCAGUAGUGGACGAGGAUACGACCGUGUCUUCGAUGACCGUCGGCGCCGUGAUUACUCUCCUGACGCUCGUCCUCGACGUGGAGACUCCUUCCGUGGGGCUGGUUUCCAGGGCCGGCGCAGCCGUAGUCGUGAUGACCUGACGGAUCUGGAGCGUGAUCGUGGCCGUGGAGGUCGGGAUGCGUACGAUGACAGUUUCCUCAGGGAAGCCAUGGAAAAGAAGAAGCUUGGUGAGCAGCAGAGAGGCCGCAGCCGCGAGCGGCUCGACAGUGAGAGUGACAGAUCUGACCGGUACAGGGGGCCACACGGCGGACUGCCACCUCUGCCACUCGCCCCGCCUUCCGGAAACCCUAAUCGGCAUGGAAACCAUAGCAACUUCCCACCUCCUCCCCCUCGCUACACUGAGGACAGUGACAGUUUGGCAUCGUCUAAGAAGAGCAACUUAAAAAAGAAUGGAGCUGUGAGCAGAGAGAGUCUGGUGGUGUGAUGCUCAGGUGGAAAUGAUGUGUGUGUGUGUGUGUCUCAGUGAUGCAGCUGUGUGUGUUUCCUCUGCCCUUUCAU